AUGAAAAGCGUCGCUAUCGUCGGUGCGGGACCAGCCGGUCUCACCGGCGCGAAAGUGCUACUGAAGACGAACAAGUUCAAUGUCACAGUCUUUGAGAAAGCAGAUCGGAUAGGUGGCAUAUGGGCACUGGAUGAACGAUCGACCGCUGGGUUUCUCCACCCGGACACACCGACCAACUUGUCAAGGUUCUCGGUAGCCUUUUCAGAUCUCGACUGGAAUUCCGUACAGCUCAAUGGAACAUCGAAUGGCCAUGAUCAGAAUGGAGCAAUGCAGAACCCAAAGACCCCCCUGUUCCCGAAAGCGUGGCAGGUGAACAAGUACCUCGAAGCUUACAGGGCCAAGUACAUACCGCAAGGUACGAUACGCCUCAGGCAUGAGAUUAUCAAGGCAGAAAGAUUGGGUCAAGACGGUAGACCGGCAUGGAAGUUGACGAUCAAGGACGAUCAAUGUCAACAGACGACAUCUGAAUUCGACUAUUUGAUGCUAGGAUCUGGCUUCUUCUCCACCCCACGACCCCUCAAGUUCGGUGUGCCCGAAGCCUCGUUGAGCAACGUGCGAGCGAUCCAUAGCUCUCAGUUUCGGAAACUCGAGGACUUAUUCCCACGUCCAGAGGAGGCUGCUGGCAAGAGCAUCCUCGUAAUUGGAGGCGGAAACUCUGCUGGCGAGGCUGCAGCCGCGGUAGCUCAGCAGCUCUCCAACGCCCAGUACUCGCCUGAGACAGCAAGGCAGCAGACAUAUAGGAGCUGCAAUAUCGUACAUGUUGCUGCUCGACCACUAUACGCUCUACCUCCAUACGUCCCGGUGGAAGCAGCGAGCACGACAUUCAUGCCCAUCGACUUGAAACUGUACGAUCUCUCAAAACGUCCUCCUGGCCCAAUCGUCGGCAAUGCCGGACGUGUCACCAAGUCUGUCAAGGAUAUGAUUCAUACUGCUCUGCAGGGCACGAUCGGCGGCAACCAGUCAGAUCUCGGAACUCCUGCGCUUGAAAUUCCCGCAGACGAGCCACGAUCGACGGUGUAUGUGGCUUUGAGCGAGACGUAUCCUGAAUACGUUCGCAGCGGCCUUAUCGAGGUGGUCGGUGGUCGGGUCAUCGCCCUUCAGGAUAAAGGCAGCAACACCGCAACGGCUAUCGUUAAAUCGUCGGACGGAGGCAAAGACCUGCACAUCGAAAACAUCGGCGCGGUUGUCUACGCAACAGGUUACUCUCCAUCCUCAGCAGUAGACUUCCUCGACGAUGAAGUCAAGUCAGCACUGCACUAUGACCCACAAAGCCUGCGCUUGCCCCUGAUCCUCGAGGGCUGGCAGACCGCAGCCGCAGGGAUCCCGGAACUCGCUCUCCUUGGGUUCUACGAAGGUCCAUACUGGCCCAUGAUCGAAAUGCAAGCGAGAUACACAGCCGAACGCUGGAUCUCGGAGAGCGACUCUCAGGCACACCAAUAUGAGGAGACGGAGAAGCUGCUGGACCUGAGAAAGACCAUGCAGGAGAAAGGCCUCGACGUGCCGCAGUACUGGUUUGGUGACUAUGCUGGGUACAUGGAAGAGGUGUCCGCGCAUCUGAAUCUGGAGAGAAACAACGGCGCCUUCGCAACAGAUCGAGAGGGAUGUCCGUCACCCGCGCGGUACUUGUCUGCGGAUUCAGACAAGGCCGUUGCAGACGGCAUCAUGCAAGACCUCCAUCGGACUUGGCAAGACUGCAGGGAACAUGGCAAGUUCGUGGCACGUGCAGCCUUCCGUGCUCUCCAAGGCAAUUGGAACAUACGCCGUACUAUUGACAGCGCACUUUCUAGCUUCCCUUCUGGAACCUUGGAAGGUGAAGCUAGCUUCCACCCUCGGUCUCCAACUCCUGAUGCCACUGGCUUGCCAUUCGACCUCGAAUAUCUGUACAUUGAGUCCGGCGUGCUCUUCCUAUCGAACGGCGCCUCUAUGCCAGCCAAGAGACGCUACGUCUACCGGUACUCUGAACAACGCGACGAGUUGAGCGUAUGGUUCGUGAAGCCAGACUCGGAUCUGGAGGUCGACUACCUUUUCCACAACCUGGCGUUCGUAGCGCCAUCGGAAGCGGAAAAGCAAGGGGCUUGCAUCGCCAAAGCUGACCACCUCUGCGUCGAGGAUAUGUACACCACGGAGUACAAGCUACCUCUCAAAGGUAUCUCGCUGCACAAGUUCGAAACGAUACAUAGGGUGCGUGGGCCUAGCAAGGAUUACAUCUCCACAACUCAAUACAGUCGACCGGUCAAGAAGUAA